CAGAGAGCACAAGCUACUUUUGCCUUCCAGGAGCUAAGCCAGUUGUGAUUUUCUGGAAAGAAAGCUUUCCCAGGAGCUCUGCGGAACUUCUCAAGUCCACUUCAUCCCACUGGGCCCUGUUUUGCCUUUGAAGAAUUAUUGCACUGUGUUUUUAAUGCAGUCUUCUGAUGGAUAUCUGCUGUUUCAAGCAACUACUAUCCCGCUUACUGCUUAGAUAUGCCUACUGUAUUUGCUGAAAGAAGGGGAGACUACUUUGCUCAAAUUCAAAAGGAAUUUUCAGAAAUUCUCCUGGAUUUUUAGCAAGAUUUUAAAGUUGUUUUUGGAGACUAGAUUUCAACCACGCCUGACCCACAAGCCUUCAGCCGGGAGUCAAUUUUUCCUUCUGAUUCAGACUCUGGAAUUUCACAUUUACCUGUAUAGAGUGUUUCUGUGAGUUUUCCCUACCAUCCUUCCCUUCCCUGAAACCUGUAGGAUCUAAAAGCCUAAAAGGAUUUGGGAAGCUGAUAUUGCCUUCCAUGGGGAACUGUCUAAAAUCAGCUCCAGCACUCUUCCUAGAAGGAACCAAGAACUCUUCAUACCAUAUGCUAUUCAUGCCCCCUUGGUUUUGCUCAUCAUGUCUGAAUUUAUCUGGAGGAGGAGGAGGAGGAGGAAGACCUGAUCUGGGGUUCUUAUAAUCUUGUGAAGCUCAAGGCUUUUACAAACACGUGGCAUGAAGAAACGCUGAGACUAAGGGGAGAGGAAAGCCUGGAAGAAGCUCCAGGUAACUCUCCUUUGCUUCUUGUUUGCCCCAUUGACUGCAGUUACACGGAGGGCUAUAAUCCUCAACAAUUUUACCAGUUGUUGGAACCUGCUGGUGGGGUGAGGACACAUUCCUGAGCAGUAUGUGUGGCCAGAGCACACUGCUGCAGCUGGGAGCAUGAGUGUUGGCCCCCAGCUACAGCUGGCAGUCCUCUGGCCUUGGCUGCUAAUGGCUAUGCUGCAGAUACGACUAGGCUACUCAGGACUGGCACUGGUGGCAGCCAUGGAAGCUGAGCGGACUUUGGCCCAGAAGGCAAUAAUUCGGGUAAUUCCUUUCAAGCUGGAACCCCUUACACUGGAAGGAGUCUUUGCUAGCAUCGCAGAGAUCACCCCUGCUGAAGGGAAACUGUUGCAGUUCCAUCCCCUAUCUUUGUGUAAUACCAGCGAGGAUGAACAUACAGUCCCAGGAUUUGUCUCCAUUGUCAAACUGGAAAGGCCUGAGCGGGAUCUCCGGCCAUGCUUGUCAUUGGCCAAUAAGGCAAAACUGGCAGGGGAGAGGGGAGCUCGGGCUGUUCUUUUUGACAUUACGGAUGACCAGAGUGCUGCUGAUCAGCUGAGGAAGCCUCGAGGGCUGAGUCACCCUGUUGUUCUGAUCUGGGGCCACAAUGCUGAACUUCUGAUGAGAGUGGUGAACAAUAACCGUGAAGCCCAUGUGAAGAUUGAGGUGAAGGAAAUGCCAGCUUGGCCAGACUAUGAUGUUUGGAUACUCCUCACCGUUGUGAGCACUGUAUUGGUCAUUGUCAUAAUCUUCUUUGUUCGCACUCGUUGUCAGCCAGGCAGAAAUCAGACAAAUGUGCAGGAAGUGACCCUACAAGCAAUCAACCGGCUGGCCAUACGGCGGUAUCAGGCCCCCCAUCACCAAGCCCCAACAGGGGACUCUGUUAGCACCUGCAGUUCUCCUCCCAUAUGUGCAAUCUGCUUGGAAGAAUUUUGUGAGGGGCAGGAACUACGGAUCAUCACCUGUUCCCAUGAGUUCCAUCGGCAGUGUGUGGACCCUUGGCUCCAGCAGCACCAAACGUGUCCAUUAUGCAUGUUCAACAUUGUUGAUCGGAUUCCCCCUAUUUUACCUAGGCAUUCUCGUGAGGAUCAACACAAUUCUGGAUCUAGACAGAGGCCUCAUUUAUUCCGGCAACGACCAGGGCAUGCCUUGUACCACUUCUCACGGACUGUCCCUCAAAUGCCCCCCAGGAACUGCUCUUCAGUGGGUUCCCAUGGCCACCCUUUCUUCCACUCUCCUGAACUCUCCCAGUUGGAUUUUGGAACUAUGCAUUACUUGCCCUAUAGGCCAAUUGGCUUUGAGCCUUGGUGUGGCCACCAAGCCCCUCUCAGCAGAAGCCUGUUACUUUCUCAGCAUCACCUGGAGUCACCAGUGUGUGAGCCAACCCUGCCCUCUCAUAGGCUGUGUCUGCUUGAACACCAGCCCUCUUGCCAAGGUCUCAGGGCUCCCCUUGCAGCUCAGCUUAAUCAUGCUGUUCCUUUACACCGAGGAAUUCGUCAUGGGAGGCAUCAUCACCACCAUAGUAGUGGUUCUGGAGAGAGUUAUCUUACAGAGCCCAGUGGAUACCUUCCUGAUGGCCCUGGUAGUGACUCCAGUUCAGGCCCUUGCCAUGGCAGCUCCAGUGACUCCAUGUUGAAUUGCACUGACAUCAGCCUUCAGGCUAUCCAUGGCAGUUGCUCUACUUUUCAUAGCUCCCUGAGCAGCGAUUAUGAUCCAUUCGCCUUCUGUGGCUCAGAGAAGUUGACCACAGAGAACAAACAAGAUCCUUCUUCAUCUGGGAGGGAUCCACAGCCUCAUUCAGUAGAUUCAGUGGUAACAGGUAGAGCACAGCUAGCCAGUAAUCAUGUCCACUAUCAUCACCAUCACCACAGGCAUCACCAUUAUGGGCGGAAACCUUCAGACUGUCCAAAUGACAGGUCAAGCCAAGAGUCCAAUCCACGCAAGAUGAAAUAUUCCAGGACAAAGGUGGGAUCACAAAGCACCUCGGUACAAAAAAGGACAGAAAAAAUGCAAUCCCUAGAUCUUUCUUCAGUUAGACAAGGACAUACUGAACUUUAUUUGGCAGAUGGGUCUGAUAUUAGCAUGAAAGCCAGUAGCCAAGCUGGAACUAUUGGACUGUGGGGUACUCAGAAACACCAUGUGCAAAUCCACCCAGGUAGAAGGAGAUGGAAGUGUCCUCUUGAGACUUCUCCUGAGGACUCCAGCAUGACCCCAGAAUGCAGAAUUGCUAGCCAUCCUGUUGGUUCUAGAAACCACUGUUCCCCAGAAAUUCAGCCUCUUUUAGUAAGUGGUUCCUCUGUGCAUAAUUUUGCAGCCUUGCCGGAGGUAUCAAAAUGCUUGACUCCAUGUUUUAUCAUGGAACCCCAGAAAAAGAGAGACAGGCUGGGACAAUUGGACUGUGAACCCACAUUUCCAGAAGAAUGUUCAGAGAUGAAUUCCACAGGAAACAACACAAGCUCUUACCUCAGUAAUCGAGUUCUGCAAAACCUUCAGGGAUCUACAGAAGAUAUCCCCAAUGUGUAUGAACAUUCAGUUUGAUGUGAGGUGAACUUCACUGUCUGACAGCCUAAGAGAAGAGAACUGAUCAGAAACUCAAUGAGAAUGGGCUUUCUUACAAACUCUUCAUGCCUCUUUUAUUGAUGAUGCAGUACUUAAAUCCUUACUAAGUUUUCUGUCCAGACAAUUCAACCCACAAGUGGUCACCUGCCUGUCAGAACCUAACUUAUAUGCCAGUGUCACUUGCAUUUAUUUUUGGAAGCUGCCAUUUGAAGAUGUUUCCAUUUGUUUCAAUAGAGGAUCCUUACUAUUCAUAUUGUUCCUUAAAGAGAGCGGAGUGAGAUCAUUUAAAAUUUCUAGGGGGAAAAAAACCAACCUAAGGUUCAUUGAUAUCUUUUUUCUUAACUGCAAAAUGGAGUUCAGGAACAAUCCUACACUUUCAACCCAUUCCAAGAGCAUAUAUGAUACUAUGCAGGACAUCAAUGCAGUUUGAAAUUAGGCAGAGAAAUAAUUCAAUUCUUCUGCUAAUGUUUUCUUCUGAUGUUCCAGUGGGUGGCCUUGGUUUAAAAUUAAUGUAGUUUGUAAGAUCCAAAGUCUCUUCCCCAUCCCCAACUAAGUGAACAUUGGAGAUCACUCUGGUUCUGUCUCAUAGGAAUGUUGUUAUUGCUCAGUUUGCCAAGAAAUCUAGAAGGUGCGCACCUCCUUCCUUCUGAAUACCAGUCUGCUAUGUCAGAUAGUAGCAUGGGAGAAUUCCAAACCUGCUUCAUGUGAAUUACAGCUAUUGGCCGCACUAAUUGAUACACCUGAUCCUUGAGGAGCAAAAAGACGUAAUAGCGCUAGUUAUUUUAUUUUAGAUCAUUUAGAAAACUGAGUUGAGACAUGGUAGAUUGUAAUAUUUCAAGAUGCCAUAAACUAGCAACUUCUGUUAACUACAGAAACCCAGUUCUUCACACGCAUUUCAGCCCUAGAUUGGCACUGAUAUGGAGGGGAGAGUGCUUUCAGAGGCUGAAUUUGGACCAAGAAUCUCUGUGCCUAGCUCUUUAGAUUGUCAAAAAAUAAACAAACUACCCCCCCCCAAAAAAAACAACAGGGAUGCCCAGACAUUUCCUGGUGACUUUGCCAUAAUAGGCCCAAGAUUUCAGUUCUUCUCAGAGGAGCCCUGAUCAGAGAUUUAAACCCUUCUUUUUCGUCCUCACCCCCAGCAUUCUGCUACUUCACAGCAUACCCCACGUGAAUAUUAUUUCCUCCUCCUCCUCCUCCCUACUACUACUACUCAGUGUCCAAUUGUGAAUAGGUAACAAUUCCAAUCUGAGGACAGUCAUGCUGCACUUUACAUAUGGAAGACAAAGAGCUGAACUUGGUGGAAUUAGAGUUAAUAUUUUCAGGUACCUGUUUUUCUCAAGGCCUUCUUAUUGCUAUGGGUGAAUACAGACAAGCAGUUAGUAACUGGUGUGCAUAAAACACCAUCCUGAGGCAUAAUUGGAUAGCAACUUGCUUACUAAGUUGUUAUACAUGCUGUGAUAAGUUACCAAUUGGUAAAUAUCACCAGUAGUCAAACAUCAAGCUUUGGGAUGUUAAUAUGGUACUGUUGUAAAUGUGCUCUCAUGUGGCAAAAUAGAGAUGUAAUUAUGGAUAUUUUUCUUACUGAACACAUUCUGAACACACUCUGGCAUCUUAUAUUUACUUAUCUGUAGGUACAGAUCAGUCUACAUCCACACUACUGACUUAAAUCUGCCUGAGAAUAAUCAGUAUGCUUACCAAACUAAUGGUCCCUGAAUUCUCUGGGGAGAAACUCUGUCAAUUGAAUUGGCAUAAAGAAUGAUAUAAAUCUGUGCUUUAGAUAUACUCACAAUCUCACUGAAUAUAGAAGAGCAUUAACUCCUGAAGCAUUGCAAAGACAUUCACCCUCUGGGUAAGAUUUUGAAUGGGACAUAAAUGAAAAACUGUAUUCCUCUCUAGAGAACCUGCCAAAGGUUAAAAAGGGAUUACAGGCCUUUUGAGAGGUAAGCAGGGAAACUAAGAGGUGUCUGCUUAUUACUGUCACCUUUCCUCAUAAUGCAUUGCAACUAAUGAAAGUGUACCAAAUUGGCCAGAGAUACAUCUUUAUAAUUUUGUAGGGUUAAUGGAAACACAAGAUAUAUAUUUGGAGUUUAUUAUUUUUUAUUCAUUUCACAUUUGAUAAAAUAAUGUAAGGAAAGUGUAGAUCAGGCUAGACACAG